GUCACGAUAACGUCGUUCAUCCAGCCUAUAUAAGCAGCAGAAAGUUUUUCAAACCUGCACCAAAACAUCAAGUCAGCCUCUGCAGAGCCAGACCACAUCAGAGAAUCCACCGCUUUUCCUGCGCGUAAAAAGAGUCUAGAGACGGUUCCAGACAUGGAGAGGUCAGUCCGUUUUGCUGUGGUGUGCGUCGGUGUGUCUCUGCUCAUCUCAUGCCAUCCCGUCGAAGCCUGGUACAAGCAGUCCACCGGGCCCAGCUACUACUCAGUGGGCCGCGCCUCCGGUUUACUGUCCGGCAUCAGGAGGUCGCCGUACGUCCGGAGGUCCGAGUCCGAAGAGACGCUGAUGGAAAGCGGAGAGACGGCAGGAAACAGCGUGAUCCCAGAGGGUAACAAGCAGAUCUCCAUCCUCAAAAACAUGGCCAUCUGCGUAAAGGACAUCUCUCCAAACCUGAAGAGCUGCGAGCUGCUGCGGGACGGGACGGGCACAUUCCAGUGCAAAGCGGACGUCUUCCUCACCCUGGACUCCCUGGACUGUCUGUCCGCAUGAGUCCCGCUCGGACCAGCGGGGACGGUCCCGGUCCUCCACAGAUCCCCGAUCUGGAAAAGAAGAUGAGGGAGGAGUGAGGGAUGGAUGCGCCAGUGGGUUUGGGAGGAAACCCCGAUCACUGUCGAUGGUGGACCACUGCAGACUCUGAAUGUUCUUAUUUAAAACACAAACAUUAUUUUUGCUUUGGUUGUAGACAGGAAUAGAAAAGAAAAAAAAAAA